UCACGUAUCAUUUGCCAAACCAAUGUUGAGUUGAGUGCGGGUUUUGAUUCGACAUCUAUUUUGUCCUAGUUAUGCCACUUUUGAACCCCUGUGCUGCAUCGAGCCCAUUUUUCAGCAGAGGCAUGGUAGCUUGUUACGCACAAUCCCUGCAUUGAAAAGUAGAUACGAAUCUCGAAUGGCUCCUCAAGCAUCUAAGGAUGUUCCAUACAGUUUUCGGUUCCCUCCAAUGACUAAGAAGCCAAAGUGGUGGUGGAGGACAUUAGCCUGUCUCCCCUAUUUGAUGCCCCUACAUGAGACAUGGAUGUAUGCUGAGACAGCGUAUCAUUUACACCCUUUCCUGGAGGACUUUGAAUUCUUAACAUACCCGUUCCUUGGGGCCAUUGGGAGGUUGCCCAGCUGGUUCUUGAUGGCAUACUUUUUCGUUGCGUAUCUGGGAGUUGUGAGGAGAAAGGAAUGGCCUCAUUUCUUCAGAUUUCAUGUGGUGAUAGGCAUGUUGCUGGAGAUUACCUUGCAGGUGAUAGGGACUGUGAGCCGUUGGAUGCCGCUUGCUGUCUACUGGGGUAAGGUUAGGAUGCACUUCUGGACGGCCAUUGCAUUUGCUUACCUUUUUACCGUGUUGGAGGCCAUACGUUGUGCUCUUGCUGGCAUGUAUGCUGAUAUCUCCUUCGUCUGUGAUGCUGCAUAUAUUCAAAUUCCAUAUGACUAAUAGAGUGAACGAAAGCACAAGAGAAACUCAUAAAGAAUGUUGUCUUCGCAUUGUUUGGAUUUUGUUGUACGAGAUGAAAACUUGUUUGCCGAAGCAGUUUUUCGAAAAUCAACAAUUGUGUAAAUGUUUUAAUUGAAUCAGCUUGGUGUGUGUUCUAGCUGACUUCUCGUUCAGGUCUUGUUUGCUUAUUUCAUUGUUAAUCAGAAUUAAGGUGUUUUGUUGUUUUUCUA